CCGUGAGUGUGAAAGGACGGGGCUACGGAGAGCUGUGCAAGAGAGAGAGAGAGAGAGAGAUUGAAAGAGGUAGUCUGUCUGUCAGUCAAAGAGGAACAUCCGUUAAAGCGCACCUGUUUUUUUUAUCUCUCUGCGAAAGGAGCGAAAAUGGGGAGUCCCUACGGUGCUGCAGAGGCCUUUGCCGUGUUGGGGGAGGACGAGUAUGUGUGCACUCUGCCGCCGGAGGUUAGGAAAGUGGCCUCCAGGGACCUGAUGGAGGACGAGGCCACGAGGGUCGCGGGACUGAAGGCCAUGAGGGAGUUCGUGGCCAGGAACACGGCCAUCACCAAGUGCAGGCUCGACGGGAACUUCCUGUUGCGAUUUCUCCGCAUGAAAAAGUUCAGGAUCCGCGAAGCUCAAGAACUGCUGGAGAAAUACCUUCACAUGCGCACGGAGAACACACACUGGUUCCACGGUCUCGACAUCAAGGACCCCAUGAUAGAGAACCUCAUUGACAGGGGGUACUUCUUUGCCCUGCCGGAGAGGGACGACUCCGGGAGGAGGGUGUUCUUCAGUGUUGCUGGCAGAAUGGAUCCAACCAAACACACCACUUCAGAUCAAAUGAAGUCCAUGCAAAUUGCCUUCGAAUCCCUUUUAGAAGAUGAAGAAAAUCAGGUCCGAGGAUUCACAUACAUUUUUGACGAGAAGGAUGUUGGUCUUUCCAUUAUCACACUUUGGUCACCUGCUGAUGUCACUAAAGCUUUCCAAUGUUGUGAGAAAACCAUUCCAAUGCGGCACAAGGAGAUUCACUUUGUGAAUUUGCCCACGGCACUGUUUGCAAUUUUUGAAUUUGCUAAAACUCUUCUGUCAGAAAAGAUUAAGAACAGAUUCCAGUAUUGCAACAUUAAAUCCAACAAAAAAGAUACGGUCAAGUGUGAGAAAAAUCAAAAUGUGAACAUAAAUGAGAAAAAGAAUUUUGAUAUUUUCACUGUAAUUCACCUUGACACUAAUAGCAUAUUGCUGUUAAUGUCAAGAUCCUCAGAGAUUUACACAGUUAAUAGGAACAUAAGAAUACUGGGAUUAUUUAGCACACUUCAUGCUGCCUGUUCUUCUUUUUCUAUAUCACACUUCCAAGUGCUUAUCCAAUCCAUGUUGGUAGUGGCUAUUACAAGGCUAAUAAGGACUCAGAGAGCUAACAAGUUUAUUUCAAUUGUUCUCAGUUUGAGAACUAACAAAACCACUCUGACAUCUGGCUAUCAGUUUUGA